AUGAAUUUGAUGAAGCAUUUAAAUGAGUUAGAUAUUUUGGAAGACGAAAUGGAAAAGUGGGAGAUGGAAUUGGAAGAGGCAGAAAUUGAAGAAGAGGAAGAAGAUGCGGAAAAUGGAGGGAUACGACCUCACGAAAUAGGCUUGGAGGAAUUGCUCAAGAGACUCACCAGCAUGCAAGGGGAAGUGCUAGAUAAUGGGGAGUUGGUUAUGGUCACUCAUUCAACCAAGACGAUUCCUUACGAUAUCAAGGCAAAAACUGAGGUAAGAACUGAAGCACAGGUUGAAACAAAAGUAGAGGUAGAAGUGGAGCUAAAAUCCGUAGAAAAAAUUGGGGCAAAAGCCGAAGCAAAAGAUGAGACAAAAAUCGCGGCAAAAGUUGAGGUGAAAAUUAAGGUGAAGUCUGCAGGAAAAGUUAAAGCGAAAGCUGAGGCGAAAGUUAACGCAAAAGUUGGGCCUAAAUCAGAGGCGAAAGUUAGAGGAAAAGUUAAGACGAGGUCUGGGCAAGAUUUCAGGCAAGAGUUCAGGAAAAAGUUCAGGCAUAAGUUCAGGCAAAAGUUCAGGCAAAAGUUCAGGCAGAAGUUCAAGCAAAAGUUCAGGCAAAAGCUCAAGCAAAAGUUCAGGCAAGAGUUCAGGGCAAAAGUUCAGGCAAAAGUUCAGGCAAAAGUUCAGGCAAAAGUUCAGCAAAAUGUUCAGGCGGAAGUUCAGACAAAAUGUUCAGACGAAAGUUCUGCAGGGAAGAUGGCAAAGUGAAAUUAA